AUGCUGGAGCGGAGGGCAGGAACGAGGGCCUGGAGGACUGGGGAGCUCUUGCUCUGGCCCCGGAGCCUGGGAGAGAGAAAGCCAAGGCUUGGGGAGGAGAGAAAGGCGGGAUGCCUCCCCAAAGCCCCAACUGGAGAGCUCUCUCUCUCUCUCUCCUUGGGGCACUCAGCGUCUCCAAAGCUGCAAAGCGGGGGAGCGAAGAGCUGUGAUGGAGGCCCGGGAAGAAGAGCUCUCUCUCCCCUUGGGGCCCCAGAGCCCUCCGACAGAAGCAGGACCUGGAGGAGUGGAGAGCCAAAGAAGAGCAAGCGAAGAACUCUUCUUCUCCCCAAGAGAGAGAGAGAGAGAGCUAUCAACUGGGGACUGAGGGGCUGGAGGAGAGCUCUCUGGCAGAGAGAAGGCUCAAGGCUCCUCGGCCCCCAACGUCCCAAGAGUCCCCUGAGAGACAAGGCCAAGGGCCUCCUUUCACUCCAAAGCGACCAACUGCGGCCUGAGCCCUCUCUCCUCAAACUCCCCCUUGAGAACCCAAGGGCUCUCUCGCUCUCUCGCUCUCUCUCGUCGGGGCCCCGGAGCUCAGGGUCUCCCAGCCCCAGGCGAAGCUCCCAGCCGGAGCAGCCAAGGGGAGGGAGAGUCUCCCUGGAGGGCAGAGCGAGGUCGGGGGAGGACGGAGGAGAAGGGGAAAGAGGGUCGCCGCGGGGCUGCAGGGAGAAGAGGGUCCUCCUUCCCAGGGUUUCUCUCGGGGGAGAAAAAGGCUGGAUCUCGGCGUCUCCUUGCAGAGGACCUGGAGCAGCCACGGAGCCCCUGGACCCUGCUGCUGCUGCUGCUGGAAGGGCAAAGGAGGGGAAGCGAUGGAGAGGAGAAGGUAGCAAAAUGUCUUUGGCCAGCCUUGGUAAGGAAAUUCCAUGAUAGACUGAGGCUUUAUGACAGGUAGGCUUCAGGAAUUGCAAUGUGGACAUGUCAUUUCAUGUGUAAAGGGAACAGCAAACUUACUUACAUUUUCCAAAGCAUGUUAUAAUUCCUGACAGAUACACCUUGAACCCGCUUCCAUGCAGCAGCCUAGGAAAUGCCCUGAC